UUAGCGUCGCAAUGGGUGGAUCUACUCGCUUUUGCGCUCUUGAUUUGACUGACGUUAUGUCAUUGAAACUUCAAUCGCAGAUAUAAUUUAAUUAGUGAGGAAAUGAGCAGCAAUAACUACGAAGUGUCUAUUGCCACGCUGAGCUACCUUCAUAAAUUAGCAAAAACAUGCAGUGCAAUAUCUUUACCGCUUACAAGGUGCAUAAGCUAUCGUCUUUUGGAAUGCAGUGAACACCGAGGUGUCAGUGAGAAAAGCCUUUUGACGAAGUGUGAGAGUUGUGGAAUUGCUUGGGACCCAUCCACUGUUAAAAUUCGGACAAAGCCCAGACCUGUAUUGCGACGGAGCAUUAGGAAGCUACUUGCCAAAGAACAGCACCAGCCAUGGCUACUCAGCUCAAGGCAGAAGAAACUACUGAAGCGUUUCAAGUGUGCUACAACAAUGCUGGUAUUCCUGUGCAAGGUUUGUGGCAAAAAGCAGGAGCAGCCAUGUCCAAAACUUCUGAAGAACCACCCAUCAAAAGUCAAUUCAAGCCUGUUUCGCAACAAAGCAAUUGCUACAAAGAGCACAAAGAGACCCACUUCAAGCCCUAUUCACGUGUUUGUAAAGAAGAAGAAAGAAGAAAAGUGCACAGUAUCAGAUACUCCAAAGGAAUGUGCCUCUGUCAAACGCAACAGGAGUUUGCUGAAGCGUGUUCUUAUUGAAGAAGACACACGAAAAACCAGCAGUGGAGGACUUCAUAGUUUCCUUUCCUCUCUGUAGAGGAAAAAAAAUGUGUUUCUCUCAGUUACUGUAUCAGCUACUGUUAAGGAAAGGUGAAGGAUGCAGCCGCAUGUUUAAUAUUUCCUUGUAAGUUAAGCGUAGUAACAUGCAUCAUGACAGCAUUCUGAAUUUUCUGAAACCCUAUAGCAUGCCAUGUGUCAUCACUAAGGGACAUACUCUGGUCACUUGAUACAUUAGUUGGAAUAAAGGGAAACCACACACUGGAGUGGAUGGGUCAGGCACAAGCAGACACAAUGGAGAGGUGACUUAAGGCUGGUUUAAUAAGCAAAGUACAAAUAAUAAGUAAAUGUAUGUUGGAACAGAUGGAGAAAUUUCACGGGGAAAGGCGUGGGAGGGGGCAAGAAGCACAAGAAUAAGAUAUGGACAGCAGGGUAGGCAAAAUCACGUGCUAACCUUCAAGUAAGAUCCAUUAGGCAAAAAAGAGCAUAGCUAUUCCAUUCGGACUGUCCUGCAUGACAAAGAACUUCUGUACCUGUCUUAAUAAAAUGGUUGGCCAACCA